AUCACCUGAGAUCUGGGCAAUUUUCCUUUGAUGAUUUUCAAUCUCCAGGAAGCAGGAUGCCAGAGCCUCUGGGGAAAAUGUUCCUUUAUACCAGUGUGUUGAUGGCAGGGACCUGUCCUCUUUUUUAUUACCUUGUACAAAAAGGUUUUGCCAGGACUUCAUUUUAUCAAAUGGCGUUGGAACAGCUGCAUAGUCACCCGGAGGCACUGGAAGCCCUGGGCACUCCCCUCCAUGUUCACUAUCUCCAGCUCCCCAGCAAACACAACUUUGUGGACAUUACCGUUGCCUGGUUGAAAAUUCCUGUUUCUGGAUCCAAGUCAGAGGGCCAUGUCUACACCAGAUCAACCAGCGUUGCCCCCUUUCAGAGGUGGCAACUUCAGGAAGUUGUCUUGGAGCUCAAGGAUGGGCAGAAGAUUCCCUUGUUCAUGGUCAGUGAGAAGAAUGGUGAUAUAGUAAAAAAGGAGUAAAAGAGAUUAGACAAUCAGCAUUCUUCAAGUUUGGCCUCUCUCAUCUCCACCAUGUGCUCACCAGAAAUGACAGCCAUCUGCGUGCAGACACUCCUGUGAGCCAGUUCUCUUGGCUCUAUGUGUAGGCAUAUGGUAAUUUGGGUAUAAUUCUAAUUUGACCACAAACAAAUGCUAUUGUGGUUUUUAAACUGAAUCAGAAAAACUUUUAUUAUAAGUUUAUAAGGUAAUUUAUUUAAGUGGAUGUAUGUAUAUAAAAGCAAAGCCAAGAUAAAAGAAAUCAGUAUUAAUAAUAAAAUGUUGAUCUCUGCUGGUUCUCAUUUUCUUUCUUUUCCUCUCCCCACCCCUUCCCCAUAAUUUUUAGUUCCAUCAAUAAAAAGGUUGAGGCUUGUUAGCAUUGAAGAUUAGGCUUUUAAAUUUUUGACAUUAGAAAGCUGAGAAAGACCAGGCACUUUUAUUUUGGUCAUUGUACCCUGACUUCAUGUUAAGUAGCUUGUGGGCAUUCUCAAAUCAUUUUGGGAAAUUUUAUUUGCUUUGUUGUUUUUAUUUUUCUUAUUUUUAUUUUAGUUACCAACUGUGUGUCUGAUUAAAGAUCACAAAAUUGCUUUUAUUCCAAACAUCCUAAAAGUUUAAAAACUUAUAUUUGUACAUAAAUAUGUAUAAAACUAACGUGGAAAAGGUAGUUUAAAGCUAAUAGGUCCUUAACCUUCUGCUCUCCAAGUCACUUAACCACAUAUUAGAGCUUAGUAUCCUUAGCUUUUAUUAGUUGUAAAAGAAACAAUAUUGUGAAGCUUGAGAUUCUCCUUCUGAGAACCAGAAUCUACAAAAACAGAAGUCAUGGUAUCUUUGCUUUGAAAAGACCAAUUCUAUCUUCUUAAUAUUAUGAGACAUAAUGCGAUUAUAAUUGUCUACACUGGGGGAUAUUUAUGAGUUCUUUCUUGCAUUCUUAUUAUUUUUUGGAGAAAAACUUGUCAGGAAAAAAAUAAACAUGCUUAUAAGAGUA